AUGCAUACAGUUUUUCGUGUUCAUCAAAUCGAAGAAAAGAAACAUGAUGGGAUCAAAUUUUGGAGAGUAAAACUUACACUUACUAAUGCUAAUGAUGACCAACAACUGAGUACUCUCAUGGAAACUAUACGACAAGAGAUUACUGGUACAGGAUGGCAAAAAAUGGGUUUAUUGUUAUGGAAACUCGGCGAGAAUAAUAAAGCCGAAGAAUUGUACAACAUGUUACUCAACGAUGCAUCAAUUGAAAAUCAUGAAUCCUACUGUUAUCACUGCCUUGGAAUGAUUAAGAAUGGUCUAGGACAAUACAAUAAGGCCAUCGAAUUUUAUCAAAAAUCUUUAGAUAUAAAAGAGAAAACUCUCCCUUCGAAUCAUCCCGAGUUGGCUUCUUCCUACCUCAACAUCGGUUCGGCGUAUUAUAACAUGGGCGAGUACUCGAACGCACUUUCAUCGUACGAACGAUCACUUGAAAUCGGGAAAAUAGCUCUCCCUCCGAAUCAUCCUCACUUGGCUUCUUCCUACUGCAACAUCGCUUUGGUGUAUGAUAGCAUGGGCGAGUACUCGAAAGCACUUUCAUCGCACGAACGAUCACUUGAAAUCCGAAAAAUAGCUCUCCCUCCAAAUCAUCCCGACUUGGCUUCUUCCUACAACAACAUCGGUAAUGUGUAUUAUGACAUGGGCGAGUACUCGAAAGCACUUUCAUCGUAUGAACGAGCACUUGAAAUCCAAAAAAUAGCUCUCCCUCCGAAUCAUCCCCACUUGCCUUUCUCUUACAUUGGUAUCGCUAUGGUGUAUGACAAAAUUGGCGAGUACUCAAAAGCACUUUCAUCGUAUGAACGAUCACUUGACAUCCGAAAAAUAGCUCUCCCUCCGAAUCAUCCCGACUUGGCUUCUUCCUACAACAACAUCGGUAUGGUGUAUGACAAAAUGGGCGAGUACUCGAAAGCACUUUCAUCGUACGAACGAUCACUUGACAUCAAAAAAAUAGCUCUCCCUCCGAAUCAUCCCCACUUGGCUGCUUCCUACAACAACAUCGGUUGGGUGUAUGAUAACAUGGGCGAGUACUCGAAAGCACUUGCAUGUUAUGAAAAAGCACUUGGAAUGUACCAAAAAUCGCUUCCACCUGGACAUCUUGAUAUGGUACGAACACAAAAUAACAUUGCACUUCUGAGAAAGAAAAUGUA